CUCGGGGCACUCUUACCUUCAAUUUCAGUACAUCCAUCCCGUUUCGCCACCAACUUUUCUUCAUAUUUCCUCCAAGAAACACAAUAAUGACUAGUUCUGGCCUCACAAAUCGUCGGCCAUCCUUUCCAUCCCAGUCCAGCGGCAACGUCGUUGCCUCCAUCGACUCCCCUCCAGACAGGACAUCCGUAUUUAUCAAACACGGCAAGUAUAUCCUAGUCGGCGCCGGGGGUUCUUGGUGGGUCGACCUGCCGACUGUGCUGUCUAGGGUGUUGCACAAAGAGAAUGGUUGGAUCAAGAGGAUGAUGCUGGCAGGCCUGGGAUUGCAUGUCGCCACGAUAUUUAUUUUCCUUUACUUGGUUCUAUUCAUUCCCUGGCUUCGUGGGUAUAUCCCAAAUUAUACUAAAUGGCAAGAAUCUGCCAGACUACGGAUUAUUGUACCCCUUUUAACCAUGACGAUCCUUGGCAGCUGGACAUGCCUCGUUAUUUCUCUUUCCCAGGCAGGGAAGACGACAAUGUUCGAGUCCGUUAUGGAUGCUGUGAAGGGAGUCGGAAAUGCUAGCCUGGGGCAGAUGGAGGGGAGGGACGGCAUGGGAGUGUUCAGUUCGAUGGUCGGAGCAACCUCGCUGUUCAUGUUCACCCUGGGUAUACUUGGAAUGAUACCAGCCCCUUCGCACGUUCUGAGGAAGCAGGAUUAGAAUCCCUCAAUGUGGUUUUGAUAGCCACGCAACGCCACGGCAGAGGUGCCGUCCGAAGAAACAUAGUUUUACGUUUUACUCAUUAUAUUACUGUUCAUCCUACUUAUUCUUAUUACUACAUUAUUCAAGCUUCAAUAUGCUGGUUCAAUUGGGACUGCACUACGUCAAUUUACAUAGAAUUAUGCAUACAUGUAUCCUA